GGGUCAGUGCACUGUCAGUCAAUGUCACAAUUGUCACGCUCGAAAGAGUUUUCACGAUAUUUCAGAUUAAAUUUCCAAUAAAUAUUAUUUACAUAUUUUCGGUUUUGCACCACUAAAACCAGCCUCAAGUUAAUCUUAAUUAACUUAGAAAUGGCUGCCGUCAAUACAUCGAGGCGAACCAUCGGCCAGCUGCUAAAGCAGGGUUGGACUGAGAUUCCUGAAGUGAUUGCUUCUACGGGAAUGGCGCUGCUCGGGGUUGGAAUAGGAUUUUACUCCUGCCACUUGUAUGAGAAAGACAAUGGAGACAAUAAAAGAUACAAACUCACCUACGUUAUUAUGAGGCCGGACGACCCAAAAGUUAAGCUGAUAAGAAAGGACUAAUGUUUGUAUUCAUAGUGAAGAUAGUUAAUGUAGGUGAAAUUAUGUAAUAAAUGCAAUCAAGUGUUCAAUGUUUUA